AUGGGGGAUUGCAGAACUCUGAUUGAAGCUGAAUACAGAGCUUGCUGGGGAAAAUCAGCCAUCACUUCUGAGGUUCCUUUAAGUCCUCACCAGUCCACCUUCAAGCCAGCCAAGGGAAUAUUCCAUGCCUAUAAGCGUCAGUUCAUUUGCCCAGUUCAGCACAGUACCCCAGAAGGUGGCAAACUGUCCUGCUUUGGUCAAGAUCCAACAGUGUCUCUGUGCGCCCUGAACUUGGAUCAGGCAAAACACGCCCCCCGCGGGAGACGGCGGGGCGAGCGGGAGGUGGCAGCGCCUCCGCUCCCUCGUCACCGUCACCCGCCCCGCCCCGCGCAGGAGCGAGCAGCCGCGGGCUGGAGAGAAAGGGGAAGCACGCCCCGAGCCGCACAAAGGCGGCCGCCCGCGGCCCGGACGCCCCGCAGCACGCCCGAGCGGCCUCGCCGGGCGGCCUGCACCCUGCGGCCGCCGCGCACGGGGCACCUGCCGCCCCGCGGCCGCCUGCGCGCCCACCCGGCCCCUCGCGCCCACCUGAGCGCCGCGCCCCCCGCGCCCGGCUCCGGCGGCCGCCCCGCCCCGCCGCGCGCCUCACUUUCUCGUCCUUCCGACUCGCCGCCGAGUUUCUCUUCCCUGCAAAGUUCCAGAGCCGGACCCCGCGGCCUGGCGCCGGCAGUCGGAGGGAAGCGGGCCGGGCCGGGCGGCCGCGGGGCGAGCGGCGCGGCUCCGGCUCGGCGGCGCGGAAAAGGAGAAGGGGAAGGGGAGGAAGGGGCGGGGAGCCUCGGCGGGGUGAUCCCCUCCGACCCCAGCCUGCCCGCCGUAGCUGCUCCGGGGGACUCGUGCGCUGGUUUUCCGCCCCGGCGUUGGCCGCUCUGCCUCUCUCUCCCAGCGACACCGUUGGCAUCACCUCCAGCUGCCAAGAGUUCGGGCUCUGGGGUCAGGCUGCUUCGGUUCAAAUCUUGCUCCACUGCUUAACAAUACGCGGGCCUCUCACUGUUAUGGCCUCUCCCGUUGCGGAGCACAGGCUCCGGAUGCGCAGGCUCAGCGGCCAUGGCUCACGGGCCCAGCCGCUCCGCGGCACGUGGGAUCUUCCCGGACCGAGGCACGAACCCGCGUCCCCUGCAUCGGCAGGCGGACUCUGAACCAGUGCGCCACCAGGGAAGCCCCCCUUCUGUAUUUUUAAUAGAUGAAUAGCAAAUCACUUAUGGUAUAAUUCUCUAACAAGACCAAACAAUAAAUGUAUUACCAAUAAAAAAAUAUACAAUGAUUAAAACGGAUACUUGUCUCUACUCACAGAUUUCAAGAGUAAGGUUAUAAGACAGUAUAUCCUGAAGUAUUAUAACUGUUUUGUUGCAGCAAAGCUAUGGAAC